AUGACUGUUUUGAUUUCCAAGGAAACGAGAAGCAUCUUCCUUAUUUAUUCUUCGCAAAUUGGAAUACCGAAGAAGAAAGCAAGUCAGCUAUGUAGUGAUGUUUCAAGCGAUCAUGGUCAAAAGAUUAAAGACAGUUUGUGUACACUUGUAUUUCCAAGCAAGCUAUCAAAAUGUUCAAAAGAAUGCACGGAUGAGGAUAUUAUCCCAGCGGCAGUCGCUCCUUUGGAAGAAACAAAUAGUAGCACACAAAAGGUGGUCAUUGUCGAUUACAAGAAAAUAGAAGACUCAAAACUAAAGGCGGGGAACCUGCCAAGUACUUCUGAAAAUACAUUUGGUUCGGGGAAGACAAAGAUUAAAGACCGAGAAAACAAAGACAAUAAAGACGAGGAAACUGCAGAUGAUGCCAACCAGUCUACAUCGAAAAAAGAGCAAGAAACCACAGAAAAUACAGAAGAGACAACUGCCGAUGAUACCAAGCAGUUACCAUCGGACAGCGAGCAAGACACCACAGAAAAUACAGAAAAUAACGAGGGGGAAACGGCAGAGAUAACUGAUACCAGACGGCCUCCAUCGGUUAAUGAAGGAGGUAGCAAAAGAGAUAAAGAGGAGAAAACUGCAGAUGAUGCCAACAAUCCCCAAUCGUCUGACAAAGAGAAAGACAUAUCUCAGACUGAAAAUGACGUCGCUCAUAGGAGUUUGUUGUCACAGGAACAAGCAGUCGUGAAUACAAACGGCGAGGAAGAUGAUUCUUCUUAUUCAAAUCAACAAGACGAUGCGGCCACACACAAUGCAAACGAUGAUACGCUAGAGGCAAAGAAAAAAGAAAAUGCGGCCACGCACGGUGCGAACGAAAAUACGCCAGAGGCAAAGUCUGACAAAGAGAAAGACAUAUCUCAGACUGAAAAGGACGUCGCUCAUAGGGGUGUGUUUUCACAGGUUAGUUGUAAGGCUUUAUUUGAAAUCGAAAAUGAUGGGAUUAUUUGAUGCUUCUAAGUAGGUCUCCUAAAUAUGUGUACAACUGAAAAUGUUUCCUUUAUCAAUGCGAACAUGUUCAGUAUUAUUCACUUUAAAACAUACAAGUAGCCGAUCAUAGACGUUUUUACUUCAAGCAACAUACUUUGAAUAGUUUCUGGAAGGUCUUUUUAUCUUUAAAUAUAUUGAAUAAAUAAAAUGAUCAACACACAUAGAUUGUUACUGCCAGUCAUACUGUUAUAUCGUAUAAUAUCAUGACAUACAUAGAUUCUUUCAGGAACAAGCAGUCGUGAAUACAA